CCGCCCAAUCUCCAUCAGACGGCUAUACCCACACCAUCAUAGGGUUCGUCUAGCCCACCGCCGCCUUCGUCGUCGGUUCCCAGGCUCCUCCGCACUUCCAGCCGCCGGCCGGCAGCGAAGCUUUACGCUCCCUGGCGCCGAUGGCGGACGACGUCGCCCCGUGCACCGCCUCCGCCUACCUCGACCCCUCCUACUGGGACGAGCGGUUCGGGAAGGAGGAGCACUACGAGUGGUUCAAGGACUUCUCCCACUUCCGCCACCUCCUCGUCCCUCUCCUCUCCCCCUCGCUCUCGGUUCUCGAGGUCGGCUGCGGCAACUCUCGGCUCGGGGAGGAGCUCCUGCGGGAGGGUGUCGCGGGCGGCAUCACCUGCAUCGACCUCUCGCCCGUCGCUGUCCAGAGGAUGCGCGACCGCCUGGCGGAGCAGGGCACCAGCGGUGUGGAUGUGGUGGUGGCCGACAUGCUUGACCUGCCGUUUGAGAGCGAGAGCUUCGACCUCGUGAUCGAGAAAGGGACCAUGGAUGUGUUGUUUGUGGACAGUGGUGACCCAUGGAACCCCAAUCCUACAACGGUGGAUAAUGUAAUGAAAAUGCUUGAAGGUAUCCACAAGGUUUUGAAGCCAGGCGGCAUAUUUGUAUCAGUUACCUUUGGACAGCCACAUUUCCGACGUCGAUUUUUUGAAGCACCUGGGUUUACAUGGUCUGUCAAGUGGAGCACCUUUGGUGAUGGCUUCCAUUAUUUCUUCUACAGCCUUCAGAAGGGAAAGAGGUCAGCAGAGUCCCAUGGUCCCCAAGAUGCAUUACCUGCUGCUCCAAGCAUAAAUAUGUUUCAUGAAGAGCUCGAAAGCGAGGAUUACAUAUUUCUCACAAAUGUUGAUGAGUUGUAAGUUGUAAUAACUUGACAGGCGAGUUUUUUUAUUCUAACACAGCAAGGGACGGAUUAGUCAGGAGUUUAGCAUUGGUCAUCCAGUUAGCCUCCAGUGAUGUUUGUACUUCUUUUUUUUUUGAACGGUGAUAUUUGUACUUAGUUUGUUUGACUUGGAACAGAUGCAUCUACAUACCUUGUGAUGUGAUGACAAUUGCCCAUCCUAGGGAUCUUUGUACCAUCAGAAUUGACAAAGUUACACUUGCUCCCGUUGUUAAUC